AUGGGAAGGGCUGAUGCAGAGCGAGAUUACUAUGGUGACCUGGAGCUGGAGCCAACGGCAGACCCCAAUGAGAUCAAAAGACAGUUCAAGAAGCUCGCUCUCAAAUAUCACCCCGAUCGGAACCCAGGCAGGGAGGUGGAAUACAAUUCUAAGUUCCAAGCCAUACAAUCUGCCAAUGAGGUGCUCUCAGACCCACAACAACGGGCGAAGUAUGACGCACAGCGCAUGCGAGCAGGUCUGCUACAUACCUAUACUGGUAGCUCUUCUUCGCCUACAAGACCGAGUGUACCUACACGAUCUCCUAUGACCGAUUUCCCUCCUCCUCCACGCCCACCCCCUUAUACUGCAACGAAAAACACUUCCACGCCUCAUUCUUCCGGUGCACAAAGGUACAAAGAUUUCCGCUCUCGCCCAGAACCAGCUUCAUGGAGAGGCGCCAGCACAGACGACCCUAAGACAAAGACCAGUGAUUUCAAGGCAUGGGAGUCGAUGAGGAUGAGGACACCAAGGCGUGGGGAAGGCCCCAUUCCCUUUCAAAGACGGACGGUACCGCCAAAAGCUGCUAGACCACCCCCAGUUCCGCCAGGACGUGAAACGAACGGCAAGGCACCCAAAGACCCUUCGCCAAGACGACCUGGCUGGGAUCAUGUUCAAGAGCCCCACGCGGGCAUGCCAAGCACGACGAGAGCCGAUACCAGUCGUGGUCCCCCGCAGAAAAACGGCUUCGCUCCGAGUUCGCCUGGAGUGGGAGGAGAUGAGCCACAAGCACGUUCAGCAUAUUUCACUGUUGGGAGAGGCGAGCGACCCGCGAAUUUAAGAUCGCAGACCCACAUGCCCCCACCUCCACCUCCACUUCCAGGCCAUGCGCCUACUUCGCAAAGAGCUGACCCGUUGGCGCCAUUCAAAGACAAGGUAGGUCUCAAUGAACCCUUUGGAAACAAGUCCCGCAUAAGCACGCCUUAUCACACAGGUGGCGGCGAGAAAAUUAGUCCAUACUUCGCCAGUCCAGGCCUGGAAAGAUCCAAAACGUCUGCGAGCCCUAGAGACAGUAAUAGUCGGACAGGAUGGUUUGAAGGCAAGCCAAACAACUCGGACUCUGUUCAUCAUCGGGCUGCGUCUACCAGCUCGAACCACCAAAACAUGAGCCCACCAGACAAGAAGGACACAAGGAUGCCGGGUGUCUCGGGAGUGUACUCUUCUUCGUCCUCAUCAAGUUCAUCUUCCGAUGAAGACGUCGACCCUGUUUCUUCAGCGAGGCCACGUGUGACCCAAAUCCCAAAGACAAGGCGGACACGCGCCGAUGCUGGUCAAACGUCCGUUCAGCCCCCCGGUGGUUUCAACCCUUUUGUCAAAGUCGGCGAUGAGCCAAUGGCGCCACAAGCAGGCCUAGGAGCUGGCAACUACGAGAUUCGUCGGAGGCAUUCGGCAGUGGAUAUUGACACUCGCAAACCGUCGGAGGGAUUUUCCGAGCAUCGCAAGAAGCACGAGGCCGACAGGUCGCAGCAGCAUUCAACGAGCGUCCCCGACGCUUCCGACCCCCACAAUGGAGCUGGGACACAACCAACCCUCCAGCGAUCGCACAGCUGGCAUGAGAAGAAUGGGCCCCCCAAAGACAAAGACUUCCAUUCUGCUGCAAAUGAACAGGAGGGCAAAAAUCCCAUCUUUAAGAUUCCCGAAUACGCGAAGAAUUCGUUCCCACGUACAGCAUCCCUUCGCAGCCAGAACUCGGAACAAAUCAAUACCAAAUUCUCCCCUGACAACUGGCACGGCAAAUUUUUUGAACCUCCUCCGCCCAGCCGCUCAAACACACCUCGCAGCGUGUCUCCCACCAAACCCAACAUAUUCCAGCAGCAGCAGGAACAGGAGUCCCAACAAGGCUCCGCGAGUGGAGAUCCGAUGCAACGUGACUCGUCCAAAACGUCCACCUCGUCAUUCCCGCCGCCUCCUCCGCCAUUCGCUCGAGGCAAAUUCCAGCAUGAGCAAUGGGCUCCGCAUUUAAAUAAUUUGAAAUUCGAUAUGCCGCAGUCUCCGCAGGGACGCUCACCUAGCCGAACAAGUACUCGAAAACGUCCAAGGACACGACCUCAAAGAGCUUCCAACACUCAAGCAAGUGUUGGCGAUGCGGAAGACGAUCCUACCGCGGGUAGCGCAACUGGCGAGAGCCUUGAGAGCAGUAAGGCGAGCAGUGAUGUCGAUGCCAUGGAUGUUGACGAGCCGACACCUCCAUCUGCAAAGACCGUUCCACAACACACGAAUGGUGGAUACGUUCCAUCAGCUCAACCUGAUGUUUCCAAUAAUACGCCUCGCCAAGGCCCAAUGCUGCCGCCCCGAAGCCCUGCAGUACCACCACGAACAAACGGUCUUGGGCAGCCAGAAAAGAGGGCGUCCCAUUUAAAUCUCGGAGACCUCAAGAAUGUUUACCCCUUUGCACCCAGCAACGAAGGUCUUGGGAAUAUGAACGAGAUGGGCACCACCCUUCCGCAGCCAUCCCAUUCAUCACCCACCAAACAGCCCACCGAGUCUUCUCGGCAACAGAUCAAGUUCCCCAAUCCACCACUGUGUCCGUCCAACCCUCUAAACCUGACUCAGCAUUCCUGGGACCACUAUUGCCUGAAUUUACGCCGCUAUCUAGACGAGUGGACCAAGUUCAAUGACCAAAUGGCUGAGAUACUCAAGAGCAUUACUCGAGAAAGCGUCAAAUGCCGUUGGUUGGACCCAGAAGGAACAGGUUAUGAUAAGCAUAUGAACAUGCUCGACGAGCAUCAGAGGGCAAGAGUACACCUGGAGGUUGCUUGCGAAAACAAUGAGAAAUGCAUGAAGUCUUUGGGCGACGCAAUGGAUGCGAAGGUUCGAGGAAGAGGUGGUGUGGGUAGGAAACAAUCGAACGCCGGCCCAAUUCUUGAAGGACUGCUGUAG